AUUGCGUUACCUCAUCUUUGCCCAAUUUUGUAAACGUGGUAUAAUACAACAGCUCGGCAUGGAAAGAGCGAUGGUCGAGUUAAAUGCUGCUCCGAAAUAAGCAGAUUUUUCAAUAUAAAAUCGCGGUUUAUUCAUAUAUAAAUAUAGAGUUAAAUUUUCAAAUAACCUUUGCGAUAUUAAUUACACAGGCCGAAUGCCAAAGUCGGAUCGCAGUCCCAACGACGAUGAGAUACAAGAGCCGGGCUUCCGGGGCUCGCCGUUCGAACGUCGAGGGCGUCGUCGAAUAUCGCGAGUCGGUCGCGUGGGGCGAAAACCGAGCGGCGGCUUUCGUUCAAACGGUUCAAAUCGCGAAACGGAGUUGCCGACCGUGGUUCAAAGACGGAGUAGCGCGAUCCUUGUUGCCCAAGCUGCAAGGGCGCUCGGUGUUUCCCUGAUAAGGAGUUACGUUGGGAUAAUUUACAAGUGCGCCUCCUGCGUUAUGGGGAUGUUCAAAUGGCUGAGAAAGUUUUCCCUGUGCGAACGAAUCCUGCCCGAGUCCUCCUAUAAUAAGUGCACCGGCACCCCCGACUUCGAGUACAUCGCACGCGGAGACUUUGUGCAGUGGGACCGAAACAGGAGGAGUCUGCCAUCUCCGAAUCAACGAGGGCUUAACAACGAUCAGGACCGCAAAAGCACCUUGACAGUGGUCCUGGAACGGCGUCGACACCGCGGCACUGAUUCCAACGACCUGUGCCGUCUGUCACAGUCCGAAGACACGAAUGAGGCCCACAGCUCUGUUUCCGGUUCGCUGAACAGCUUAAACUGCACCGAAGACCGCGCCAGCAGCGAGGCGUACAGAAGCGCACUCCAAGCGUUUCUGGAUCGUCGUCGUGAACCGGCCGAGGGAUCCGAGGGCGGUCAUUCGCCGAAAUUAAGUCCGACUAAAAACCGGGUCGAAAUCUUCAGGAACAAUACGAACAGCGAGAAGCAACCGGAGUAUGAAAAUCCGCCGAUUCCGGGGGUUCCCCACGUCGAGGCGUCGGAACUCUUUGAAGUCGGAUGGGUCGCCGGUACGGAAGAUCGCUACCUCGAGCUCAUCGCCGCCGAAUGGCAGAACACAAGAACUGCUCUUCGCCGAAGUUCCCAUCCGGACUGUUUUACCGCUGUACGAGCCGACCUGAACGUUCUCACGGAAAUCCGGCAUCCGCACACCCUGCUGCUGAUGGGAACGACGCGUACCGAUGAGCACGGGAUCGUCGCGAUUUUCGAGUCGGUCGACUGCACCCUUUACAACUACGUCCACGAGCAGGGGGAGCGUGUAAGUGUCCAGGGUGCGGCGCGAUGUGCCGGACAGCUGGCCGAUGCCCUGAGGCACGCCCACGCGAGAGGAAUCAUCCACGGAGCUCUAAGUUCGCAUUGCGUAUUUCUCGCUGCUAGCGGUACCGCAAAACUUGGGGGAUGGGAACUCGCCGUGCGCGAAAAAGAGCCGCGGCCUUACCGCGAAUGGGAGGAAAGACUGAGGACAGAAAUAUUCAAGUGGCAAGCACCUGAGAUGUUUUACGGCGAUGCACCCAGUCGGGCGUGCGAUGUUUACGCCCUGGCUCUCCUAAUUUGGGAAAUGUGUACUGGCCGAAUUCCUUGGAACGGACUAGACGAGGCGGAAAUAGAGCGACAAUACAUACACUGGGAGCGCAGGAUAUCAACGGAUGCAUACAAUUUUCCACCGCUGCUAAACAACCUGCUUGAGGUCGGUCUCCAUCUGGACGUUAACAAGAGGAACUUGGACAUGGAUCGUACGCGCAGAUUUUUACGGCGAAUCGAGCUGCGUUACGAAGAGGAAGAACCGAUUUACGUCAAUCGGCAAUGUAACAACAAUAAUCCGGAUGUAAAAACGUUCAACGCACCCGUGGCCACAUCGCCAUUGAUCAGACCGCCGAAGGUAACUACGCCGAAACGGGAUACGAAUGAUAUAAACAACACUCUGAUGGCGAAGAAGUUAUUUAAUUUGAAAAAAACAUCGGUUGAUCAAGGAGGACAGAAAAACGGAAAGAAUAAGAUCUGCUCCGGUGAUGCGUGCGCGGCGUCAGACGAAAAAAAUUCAAAUAUGUACGCGGAGACGCGGAGAAAGAAUUGCGGGCAUGUAUCACCCCCCGAAACUCGUAAAGCCGUAUCUGAGUAUCGCGAGAGAACGGCAGGCAAACGGGAGAAACUGGGCCACACCGAUGAGAAAAGACAGCGCAGAGCUACGAAGGCGACGUCCACCGAUAUCGGGAAGAAGGCAGAUAGAAAUUUGAGUAAAUUAAUCGUGUCUGAGAGCAGUUUCUCCGAAUCUUCGACCGCAAUCGAAAUUACAGAAUCAAGCGAUGACGAAUCCGGGAACGAUACCAUAACCGAUUUGAAAAAACUUAAAGAACUGAUAGCGACGAAAAGAUCCAAAUUUUUCUAUGGUACCAGCUCGCUCACGAAUCUUCAAGCCCUCGAAAUACCUGACAUACCACAAUCAAGUCCACGAACGAGAGAGAGGAUUUUAAAAGAGGCGAGAGAGAAAAGCUGUGAGCCAUGCAAACCUGCGAGUCAUAAAACAAACUUUGAACCGCUACUGUGCAAGUCACUCAUAGAGUACAAUCCAACUUUAAUCAAGCCUGCGAGCCAUCAAAAUCAAAGAGUAGGGCAGUCGCUACUGAACCAGGAACAUCAACCAUCAAUUCCACGGUCGCAAACACUGAACUCUAGCUCUACUAACUUCUUUGAAUCAUCACUGUGGAGGAAGGAGAAGUUGAUUUGCUUGUCUAAAAUGCAUAAAGACGACCAUAGCAGCGCGCAAAACCUUUCAAGUCUCGAUAACAAACAACUCACUUCCAAAUCGUCGGAAUCUCCGGAAAGUGAUUCGACCUAUAUUAUCAGCAAUAAAACUCCAGCCCACGACAAAGCUGAUUUCAUAUACCCAGAUUCUGUUUUGAUGACGGACACAACGACUACCGAAAUGGAUGCAAGUCAAAAUCGUACAUCCGAAACUAUGCCGUUACAGGCAUUGAAAGAAGCCCUCGAUCGAGCUACGAUUAUCAUUAAUUCAGCAACACCAAAUAACGAAAAAUCGAGCCAAUUUUCACCAUUGGAGAGCCCUAACAUCUCUGAUGUUGUAUUUGACGAAAAUGGUGCAAGCGAAUCAAUCUUUGAAAAUUUAAACAAAUCAAAGCUGUAUGUUAAUAAUUCAAACGAAGAGAUAAAAAGCAUUGAACGAACCACAAAUGGUGACCGUGAUUCGCUACUUGCCACUGAAAAAGCGACGAAAUAUCCUAUUACCGUUGAAGACAACAACGAAAAAUCAAGAUACCUAUCUUUUGGUCAAAAGUCAGGAGAUAUUUUUGACAGUAUGACAGAAUCAAAAAUAGAUGACUCUUUGGUUCGAAGACAGCCCGAUUUUACGUACAGUAACCUGAAUGGCAACAACACGCAUGAUGCAAAUGACAGCCUGAACUGCUUAGCUGAAAAAAGUCUCAUCUCAUCAGCAACGAUAUUUUUAAGUGCUAAAAGCGGGGAAAAAGGUUGCAAAAGUUGCCAAAACAGAAAUUUACUGGCCAGACGAAGAUCCCUUCCUGCCGGAUUGGGGCAGUUCAGGUCUGUGAGCAAUGUUUCACCGCUUGGAAGAUUGCCCAUUAGAAGAGGGGAAAUUCCCGACAGCACGGUUGAAGAUUUGUACAUUGAUGAUGAAUUCGGAGAAAACUUGAACAUAAAUAUGGUCUUUCUGGAAGAUGAAAACGAGCCUGAUGACCACGACAUACUUUCCAGUCUGCUACAAUCAUCUGAAGUGUAAUAUAAUUCAUAAUUCACAUUUAUUCUACAUACUAGAUUUUUCCCAGUCUUUAAAAGAUGAACACCAACCAAUACUUUCAGUACUCUUUGUACCUUUGAUAAAUUUUUCCAAAUUUAAAAAAAUGGGAAUAUAGAUUUUUACGAAAGGAAUCGUAAGAUUGAAAUAUACUGACAGUAGAUAUUGUAAGAAAUGAACCACACGAUUAGCAUCAACGAUAACAAACUUAUGAGAGUGAUUUUUCUAAACAAUAUCCUAACACAUGCUUUUAUUUUAUAAAUCAUUUUGUAUUCAUUUGUAUGUAUAAGUAGUGAUAUGUUUCUAGAAUUAGAAACAACAUGAUGCAUUUUAAUUUCUCUUUCAUGAACUUUUGUCAAACAUUCCAAAGUUGAGAUUGAAGAACGACAAGUUUUGUGAUAGUAAAUGUAUGUUCAAAAGGUAUUGUAUCACGAUAUAUAAGAUAUUUGGCGUCAAAGCA